UGCUCGCACCCCUGUGAAAACAUUAAAGCCCCUCCAACUCUUUCUUUAGUUUGCUCAUCUUUUCUCCCGGUCUGUUACUAAUCAAGUGAUCCGGAAAAUUAUGCAAGGACGAUUUCUUCUCUCGUGAGGGGACGGUGUCACUCCAUCGAGAAACGUUGUGUUAGAGGACGAUCCUCAAUGUCGCGCUCAUUUCGGUGAUGGAGAGGCUCGGACAGCUAAAAGUGUGCCGUGAACAAGAUUUGUGUCCUCCAAAAAACUGCCAUGUCAGACGAAGUAGGUUAGGCGUAAUACCUACCUCUGAAGGUUGAGUGUUUCUUCCCUGGUCUGAUAAGUGUUUAAGUGUUAUGCGAGUAUUGAUACACCUCGCUGAAUCAUCUAGAAAAUGUGACUCUAGCUGUUGAUUCACUCAUACUCUUUUGUGGAAAACUCUCUAGAUGUCGGUCAGCUUUCGACGCAAAAACAGUUUGUGACAGACAUAGUUCGUGUAUUGAUUCGUUUGGCAACUUUCAUCGUUGGAGAGAUGAUGUUUAUUGGAAUGCUCCAAUCACCGGUCUUUAAAAUCAUUCAUAACUACUCGUGAUUAGCAAUUGAGGGUUGAUUUCGACCGCAAUGUCGCAGUUUCAGCGGAGUUUUUCAUUUUUAUCACCAUUAGACUUUUUUUCUUGAUUCGCAUUUGAUAUUGUUCUUUCUGUGAGUCUCAUCGUCAUGCAUAUUGAGGUAAAACCUGUUUCUAAAGUCAUCUUUAGGAUUCUUUGUAAAACACGCCCACGAUACAAUUUGGUGUUGGUCGGAGAGGAUUCAGGAUCCUUCCUGAGAAAGAAAUCUACCUUUUUCGAUCUACACGAAAAAUAAAUAAAAAAUGAGAAAUGGAGAUGAAAAACCAAGAUGAGAAUAGAAACAGUUACAGUUUUAAAAAAUGAACAAAUUUUGAAAGCGCGCUUCCAGAAUUUUCAAACAUUUUUACAAAAUAAUUUUGUGCUUUAGAGAUAUUUAUUUUUGAAAUUUCAACUACUUCCACAGGACGGACGGUUAAAUUUACAAUUACAUUGGUAAACAUGAUUAACUUUAAAUGUGGUUACGGCGGAUUUGUGCCAAGAAGAGUACUUAAAUCCUUCAACUUAUCUCAUGAAGCCGUUAAAUAUUGCAACUCUCCAUAAUCAUGCCCAUACCAAUGAAGAAAUAAUGGUCACUCUCUCCAGUGUAAGACAAUCCGACCUCUUCCCGAUCACUGAUUAUCACCUGCAAAAUGUGACAGUUUUUGCAACUAAUGGUCAUGCAGCAUUUAGUCAAUGGUUAAUUACAUAGAGGCAUAUAUGGCAUCAUUGCUUUUCAAGCAAUUGGACAUUUGGAAUUUUUAAGUUGCUAUCAACCGCAGAAAUGUUAUCAGAGCUAAAUCAUACCCGGAGCACCUACAUGUACUCAAGCUUACCCCGCAAACUGAAAAUGAAUUGGAGAGGCCCGUUCAGCGUUCCAGAAGACCACACUGAUGAACCUCAACAGCCUUCGCGUAAUGUCAAUAUUAUGACGGAUAAGAGGGUCGUCAGAGGAUCAACCCUCGGGCAGCAUACCUUCUUAAGGGCGAACCCGAAACAGAACGCGAGCCGGCAAACGGAGAUCCAGAGACGAGGCCGGGCUCGGAAGCGGGCUGAAGAGUACCAAUCUCGGGUACGACUCAUCGUGGGCACGCCGCCCCCCGUCCAGGGGAGGCUCCACAUGGACGUCCAAACCGAUGAUUUCCUCGAGGAGAUCUUCCUCAACCCCGAGACCGCCUCCACCGCCUCCCAAACGGACCCCUUCGAUGAGCUCGAACCGCCCCCCUUCAUUCGACCUCCACCGGGCGUCGACGCUGCCACCCAGAUACUCCCCGAAGAGCUCUUUGACUUUGAAGAGGAAUUGAAACCUAUCGUGGUUGCUCUCGUCAGCAGAACUUUAGACCAGUCUCUCCUCGAGAUAAUGAAUGAAAAUCAACUGAAAGUCAAUGUGACUCCGAAAAAACUGACACAAAAUGAAGCGCGGUGAUAAUGCUGACACGCUAACUGACAUAUCAAAUAGACCGAUAAGUGACAGCUUCUUAAUGCUUGUCUGAACAUUCAUAAUGAAGUACAAGAUUUUUUUUCCUGCUUUUUCUCACGAAAAAAGAUAAAUUGAGAAUAAUUAUAGAGCAUUGGGUGCAGAUUAAAAGGUGUAAACAUUGUGCUACCUACUUUUAUUAUAGCUUGAUGAAAAGUUCAUAAAAGAGAUCCUCUUUGCGGGACGUUUUGUAUGCAAAUCAAAUUUUAAUGCCUAUGAAAAAUGUAUAUACUCUUCA